UUCUUUCAAAACUGAAAAAAUAUAUGUGGACAUUUCAAGCCAUGAAGAAGUCUUCCAUUCAUCUUUCUUCCAUCCUCGUCCUUUUUUUGACAAGCGCCCAAGUUGCAAGAGGAACACCCUUCCGACAUGGGGGCGCGCACUCAGCUGCAGAAAUGCGCCAACGAAACAAAAACUGGUGCGCACACGUUGUGCACAAGAACGUCAGUUGCGCAGUAGUGGGGGGUUCGGAAAGCUUCACCCAACCGGAGUUUCUGCCUUGUCCUCCGGAGAUGAUCAACUGUGCACCACAAGUCAUAUACCGUACGCACUUCAGGCCCACGUACAAGCUGGACUACAAGAUGGUGACGGAGCUACAGUGGAGGUGCUGUCCUGGCUACCAGGGUCACGACUGUAUGGAGGUGAAAAGCGGCACUAAGCUAAUGGAACGAAACUCGGCGCCGAUAGCCAUUGGACGCGAUCAGACCGAGCGUAUGGACCACCGGGCGAACCACCCGCAACAAGGUAGCGAUGCGCCCCAUCUGGAGGACGAAGUGCAGAGACUCUCCCAGAUGGUGCUGGACAUGCAGGCCAGGAUAACUGACAUGUCAUCCAACCUAAGGCAGGAUUUCCAGGAGGACGCUAGCAAGAUGCUUAGUGUUCUUCUGGGCCAGAUGGGGCAGACGGCUAGUGCCAGAGGUGCCGAGCCCAGAACUGUUGACUUGUUCUCCCUGGAUGAGCUGGGGAACAAGAUUAGCCUUCUGGAGAGCAGAAGUGACACCUGGAAUCAUCUGGAGGAACGUGUCAAUAGACAUGACGGGCAAAUCCAGCAUCUUAUGGAGGAACCUUCGACUAAUUCUGACUCCAAUCUGCGCGCUUACGUGGACGAGAACAUUCGCGCUUUGAGAAAAGAGCUAAUGGAGGGCAUGGAUAUCAAACUGGCCGACCUGAAAAACUCCUGUGACUACAAAAUCAUGUCCAUGCACCACGAGUGCGAGGACCAGGAAGAGAACUACCUUAGCCUGAUGGAGCUCAUGGACACUAAAGAAAGAGAGCUCCGCCAGCAAAUCCAGGAACUGAAGACUGAGCUGGAAGAAUCCAGAACAAGACAGGUUCCUGACUGGGUUGUCGACAAACUUCAGGAACUUGUGAAUUCGUCUACGGCAGAGCAGAACUUGAAUAGAAAGCAGGGAGAAGUCCUGAAGGACCUGAUGGAGAAGCUGAUCUUGAUAGAGGACCGAGUUUCUGAAACUAAACUCCAAAAUCCGGAAGCAGACUCUUUUCAAAGUUUGAAAGACACGGUGAAGGUCUUGGAACUUGGACUCUGCAAGGCAAACUUGUCAUUCUUGGAGAACGGUCAAAAGAUUGUUCUGGAGAAAAUUCAUGGCGUUGAGGGCCGUCUUCUAAACCUGGAGAACCGAUGUGGAGAACUGAAAGGUCAGGCGGGUGGACCGGACGAUCUGGAUCCUCACGGAGCCACAGUAGUCGGCGACCUGAGGCAGUUAGAGGUUGACGAGUGCAAGAAGCUACUAAAGGAAGUCGCGAAAGAUUUCCAGAAUCGGACAGCAGAUGCGGAACCUCCUCUGAUGGUACCACAAAACCAAUUGGCCACAGAAUCAGGCGAAGCGGGACCCCCAGGUAGGAUGACGAUGUCAUCAAAGCUUCCCAAAGGGAUGCAUGGCAGCAUGUCACCUGUGCUCGGCUUUGCCGGAGCGCCAGCUAUCCCAGUAAAAGUCACUGAGCCACAACUGUACACUCUUCCUCCCAUCUCUGCAGAAGCGGUAGCAUGGCACAAAGACCAAAAGAUCUCCUUCUCUGCCGGGCUAACCCUGCCGCUCGUUCACGACAAGGCGGGCAUCAUCCGAUUUGAUGCAGUUCUGGUUAACGAUGGAGGCUACUACAACCCCGAAACAGGAUUCUUCACGGCACCCGUGGAUGGUCGCUACUUGCUGAGCGCCAUCCUCGCAGCCCAACCUGACACCAAAUUGGAGGCGUCUCUGUCGGUGGACCAACACGUCAUCCACAUGUUCGGUUCCAGAAUAGGCGCAGUCUCGGAGCCAUGUUCCAGCCUUUGCGCCCCCCCCUCACUCACCCUAGUGGUGCCCAUGAAACGAGGCGAGCAAGUGGCGCUGAUGUUAAUUGCGGGGAAGCUAGCUACAGGCCAAGUUCGUUCAUCCUUUAGCGGUGUCCUAUUAUACCCGUCUAGUCGGUAGCUGUGACAAUAGUUCAUGCAAGAGUUGGAGAAGACUCCAAGAUCAAUAAAAGACACUAAGAACAAUGACGCAUCACUAUUUGGCACUCUUCAACCACAGCAGUAUUUAAGCAGAAUAAGUUAUCCAUGAGAAUUUUAUGUAUUUUUUAAUUGGUGUUUUUAAAAAUGAACUCUUUUCUUGAACAUCAGUGUUAAAAAAUUGAUUCUGCUUUAUAAAUAUACAGAAAAAUAAUUUUGUAAACUUGUCGACGACCAGUAUUUGAUGUACAGUAGUUAUACCGUGGCUCCAGUUUUAGUACAGUAAUGUAUUAGUUUUUACAGGGACAACUGCGACCUCUAUUGCUUACUCGAGGCAUUGCAAGUCUAACAGUGGUUAUAAAAUAUAGAAUUUUUAAGAUUCUUUAUAAAUAUAUACAUCGUUGAACUACAUUUAUGCAUAAA